GCCUGCGCACGUUACGCCCACGCCCACGUUACAGGUUGCACGUUACAUUGGUGGUAUUGGAUCGUCUCUCUCCGCUACCUCUUUCGCCUUCGCCUUUCAGCCAUGGGGUUUUCCAAUGUAACUCACUCAUCAGAUGCCGAAGUCGCUCUCCCCAAUCGCCAGAACACUGUCUAGCAGUCCCAGAACGAUGUCCUGUCGUUUUGCCGAUAGCGAGUCCAUUGUAUCUGACGAACAGCUCGCCUCCUCCCCCCCUUCUGCCGCAGGCAUUCCGCAUAUGAUGGAUGGAUGUAGUCGACCUGGAAUAAUAUCCUGAGGGUGGUGUGCAGCUUUUGAAACACCAUCAAAAGGGGCCAAAAGUAAUCAUUGAGACUGACCGGCCGAUUUGAGAUCGGCCUUUCUGAAAUUCUAGCCUCGUCGAGUAUGACGAGCAUCCAUCUAUAUAAUUCGGUCAAGACGUCCCAGUGGUCUCAGUCUGGAAGGGGGAGAAGGAUCUGCACAAUGCGGUGCAAAUCACUAGGUGCUUAUGCCUGCCUCCAGGCAGGUGUCAGCAUUGUGCGACCCAUGGGUCGUGCCGGCAGUGUCACAAGGGCUAGGAAUAUGCCUGCAUUAUUCUGCAAUGGACAGUGCCCCCAUCAGCAGUGCUAUGUAUAUACUCUCCUGCGUCGACUACGUCGCUCUCAGGGUCGUCUGAUGGGAUGUAUUCGACAUGUUCUUGAAGGCUGAGCUCUUUGGCACCCGCCAUCCCCAUGUUCGCGACGAGGGUCACUCUACCGGAGACAAGAUUGCCGGGUGACUUUGGCGAGAUUGCGACUUUUCUGACAGGCGGGCGCGCCCAUUGAUCGGUCGCUUGACACCUCCGGCAUCAGGAGAUGUAACCCGAUUCGGCAGUAUUCGAGUACAGAGUGACUUGUUCUCGAUCGGUUUGGUCUUGAACUCGACUGAGGCUGGGGGAGGGCACAGUCCAACCUCGAUAUGUAAGGAACCGUGAAGGUCCUGCACAC